AUGGAGCCGCCCCGCAACACCUCACACAACUACACCAAGGUGGCCGCUAGUGAAGUGAAAAUAGUGUCGGCAAACUUAAGAGGUUUUCACACCAACGUCGGUGAAAUCACGCAUAAUGUGAUUAUUAAACACCGUGCUGACAUUGCUUUUGUGUGUGAAACUUUCUUAGAUGUUAGUGUGCCAGUGAAUUAUGUUCGUGUGCGCGGAUAUUCGGCUUGGCAAAGAAAGGACCGAUCUACCCAAGGUGGAGGUGUGGCCUUUUGUUACAAAGAAACGCUCAAUGUUAAGGUCAUUGAACCAGCCAAGCCUGUGCCCGAGGAGCUUGAAUUAUUAGUGUUAAAAGUCACUGACAGAAACGGGAAAGGUUUAUUGUGUGUUGGGUGUUAUCGCCCCCCGUCACAAGGCACUUUACUCAUUGACUACCUGACAGUGAACAUAGACGCAAUGAUGGUAGCAAAUAAGUGUGAAAAUACUUUGUGGGCACUUCGGACCGUGUGGCAGUCCUCACAAGGAUUAGUUUCAAGAGGCCACGUGAGGAGUGCUACACUGUGGAAGUGGGAGAAGGCAAACUGGCAGGCUAUGCGAGCCUCCCUCAAAACUACUGACUGGGAUGAAGUGUUAUGUGGAGACACUGACCAGCAGGUGGGGCAGUUCACAGAGCUGCUUCACACUUUGCAGGACCGCUGGGUGCCCCACUCCACACACCAAACCAAGGCAUCAGACCAACCCUGGUUUGGACCAGAAUGUCGAGCUGCCUCUGACGCAAAAUACCGUGCCUGGCUCACCUUUAAGAGGCAUCCCACAGCAUGGAACAGGCAGCAACACAGGGAGGCAACCGACCACAUGAGGGCUACUCAAGAGUGGGCCUCUGACCAAUGGGUGACUGAUCUCAAGAGGAAGCUGCGGGGCGGCCAGGUGGGGUCAAAACGCUGGUGGAGUCUUGGUAAGGAGCAACAAGGUGUGUCUAGGGGGAACACCAUUCCUCACCUCCACCGGGAUGACGGCACAAUAGCGCAGUCUGCCCGAGAUAAAGCUAACCUCCUGGCCAAACACUUCACUGAUAAGAUGUGCGUCUCCGACCCUAAAAGAUCUCCACCCCCACUACCAAACAUAUGUGCUGAUUUGCUGGCUCACCCACUCUCUACGAUAUUCAAUCAGUGCUUACGGACCAGCAGGUGGCCAAGUGUCUGGAAAGUGGCUAGUGUUGUGCCAGUACACAAGAAAAACGAAAGAACAGUGGCAAAAAACUAUCGUCCGGUGUCCCUGCUGCCUGUGCUCAGCAAGGUGCUCGAGUCCAUAGUGGCCUCAAGAGUCACAGACCACCUUGAGAAGCACCACUUACUGUGUAGUCGGCAGUUUGGGUUCAGGCCGGGCAGUUCGGCCGCUGACCUUCACCUGCUGCUCAUCUCGGAAUGGAGUGCUGCUCUGGACGCAGGCAAGGCCACUGCAGUUGUUGCCCUUGACAUCGAAGGGGCUUUUGACAAGGUGUGGCCUGCAGGCCUCCUUGCAAAGCUCCGUGCUGCAGGUGUGGAUGGGCCCCUCUUGUUGCUGUUUGGAGAUUACUUGAGAGAAAGGAAUCUCAAAGUAGUCAUUGAUGGCCAAGAGUCUGAACAGCAUGCAGUAAAAGCAGGUGUUCUUCAGGGAAGCUGUCUCGGCCCCCUGCUCUGGAACAUUUACAUAAACGACCUCCUGCACUUAAUCCCCAGUGUAAGAGGUUAUGCUGAUGACCUCACGCUGGCUCAGAGCUUCAGCUCAGGGGAGGAGACUGCCACGGGGCAGGAAGUGGCAAGUAAAAUUUGCCUCAAGCAAAACACAAAUGACAAUUAUCUCAAGGUCGAGGACGCCCCUUCAGCUCAGCCUUGA